AUGUCUUCUUCCAUUAUUCCAGAUUCCAUAGUUAAUCUAACGUCCUUGACAUCUCUCUAUCUUUUGGAGAAUAUUGGGUUAUAUGGACAAGUGCCUGAGUACAACGAUGGACUCAAGGGAAGCUUCCACAAUGUGAACUGGAAUGUUAGUGGGACUACUCCUCCUCUUAAGGAGCUACGACUUUCUACCAUAAGUUUAUCUGGUGGUUUACCCGAUUCAAUUGGUCAUCUUCGCUCAUUAAACUUCUUGCUAUUUGAUGAUUGCAAUCUUUCAGGAUCCCUUCCCGGUUCAAUUGGAAACCUCUCCCAACUUAUUGGUUUGUCAUUUAGGUACAACAAAUAUUCUGGUAUCAUCCCUCAUUUUGUUUCAAAUUUAAACAAACUGAAAUAUUUCUACCUAUACAAUAAUCAAUUUGAAGGACAAAUCCCAACCAACAUAACUAGUCUUCGGAGCCUAAACAUUCUUGAUUUGGGCAAUAAUUUGCUACAAGGCUCAAUUCCUGCUGGUCUAUUUGGGCUUCCAAAUUUAGAUUACCUAAGUCUAAACAACAACAUGCUUUCCGGUGCACUGCCAUCUAUCUUCUUUAACAACCAUUCAAUCUUGUCAUAUUUAUCCAUUUCAAUGAAUAAUCUAUCUGGCCCAAUUCCGCAAUCCAUAUCAAAUUUUACAGUUCUUCAAAUACUCUAUCUUUCUUUCAAUAAUUUUGAUGGCACAUUGUACCUUGAUACCUUUUCAAACAAUAAUUUUAACUUUAUUGUUUUGGGCAAUAAUGGAAACUUGUCAGUCGUAGACGCUGAUGGCAAUUUCUCUACCAUUAUUUCACUGGAUUUGUCUUCAUGUAAAUUACAAAACUUUCCAAUUAAGUUUUUGAAGACUUCAAUAAACCUCAAACAACUUGACAUUUUCAACACUGGGGUUAGUGGCCAAAUACCACAAUUGAUUGGAGAAAUGAGAUUCAUGUCAAUAUUUCGUGCAUCCAAUAAUAAGAUUAAAGGAGAGAUCCCUUCUUCUAUAUGUAACAUGAACUCUCUCGAGGUACUUGAUUUUUCCCAAAAUGAGCUUGAAGGUCCGAUUCAUCCAUGUUUCGGGAAUUUCAGCACGACACUUUCAGUAUUAGACCUUCGAAAUAAUAGUUUUAGCGGCGGAAUUCCAGCAACAUAUGCAAAGAACAACAUGCUUACAAUACUUGCUUUGAAUGGGAAUCAAUUACAAGGACCAAUACCAGAAUCGCUUUCACGCUGUAAGAACUUACAAGUGUUAGACGUUGGAAACAAUAUGAUAAAUGGAACAUUUCCAAUUUGGGUGGAUGCUCUUCCAAGGUUAGAGGUCCUUGUGUUGAGGUCUAAUAAAUUUCAUGGUUUCCUUGAAAUUUCAAAGACUCAAUCUCCUUUUCCUGAAUUACGCAUUUUCGACAUAUCCCAUAAUGAGUUCACUGGCCCAUUGCCAUCAUAUUAUUUUAACAACUUCAAUGCUAUGAAGUCCGUGAAUCAAAACAACACAAAUCUUACACCCUUUAGAUAUGGUUAUCAAGAAUCUGUUACAAUGACAAUGAAAGGCUUUGAUGCUGCCAUUAAAGGAACUAUCUUUCGAUCUCGGACAAUAAUUGAUUUGUCAAGCAAUAAGUUUGAGGGCGUCAUUCCAAAUGUUGUUGGCAAGUUAGUUGGACUCACAUUAUUGAAUAUGUCCAAUAAUCGGCUUAGCGGACAUAUACCUGUCAAAUUGGGAAAUUUAGUUCAGCUGGAACAUUUGGAUCUAUCUUCAAACCAUCUUACAGGAGAGAUACCUCAAGAACUUACAAGUCUAACAUUCCUUGCAGUUCUGAAUCUUUCUUGCAAUGCACUAGAAGGACACAUACCUCAGGGUAAGCAAUUCGAUACAUUUUCAAACACUUCUUACAUGGAGAACGUGGCAUUAUGUGGACCUCCUUUGUCAAGAAAAUGUCAGGGGCGUGAAAUACCAAUACCAUCACCAAAUGAUGAUUCUAAAGAUGAUUCAGAUUAUGCAUUCAUGAACGGGUUCACAUGGCAAGCUGUUUUGAUGGGGUAUGCAUCUGGAAUGAUAAUCGGGUUAGGUGGAGGUUGUCUUUUGUUCUAUAUGGGAAGGCCUAAAUGGUUUGCCACAAUGAUCGAUGAAGAGGGAUAUAAAAUCAUCAAGAAAUACAGACGAGUGAGGAGAUUGUCCAGUAAUUUGAGAUUACAUUAAUUUUCAGGUAAUUAAUUCAUUAUAUAUUGUAUUAAAUAGUAACUAAUGUCCAACGCUUUUUAUUUUUCAGUUUAACAUAAUAGAAGAUAACAGAUUAACAUUUGUAUACAUUUUUAUUAAACCAACAUUUUCACAUUAAUAUUAUUGUUUUUGUUGGAUCAGGUACUACAGCCAACAUCAUACAUGUUCUUCAAGGUUUCGAGUUUACUAGUGCAAGGUCAUUUUUACUUGGUUUUGUUUACUAUUUGAAUGUUUUAGUUUUGCUUUAAUGUAAUAAUGAU